UAUCUCGUCGGCGGUAUGUUAAUUACAAUUUAAUGAAAGGGAGAUAUUUCAUUACUUAUAGAUUUACUUGGGUUUGAAACCAUGUUUGGUGUAUGUGGACAGUAACGGCAGCCGGGUAGGGAGCGAAGGAUCAAAGUCAGUUCUUUACUUUCCAAUCGCGUUCACUCACUCGGUUCCAGUUCCAGAGAUGAGAUUGUAUUGUGGUGUGGUGUUUGGUGUUGUGAGAGGUUUAUUACCCUGCAAGUCGCUGUUUUGAUGUGAACAUGGAGACAGUUGUCUUUUAUGGACUCUUGUAUGAACUAAGUGUUUCAAGAAGUCCUCUGCUUUCUCACUUAGAUCAAAGUUUAGACUGACAAAUUUAGCUCAGAGACAGCUGAGAAUCAAAAUCAAGAGGAGAGCCAGGCACUUGACUUGUGGUGUAUGUGGUGUGUGUGCGUGGGCUGACAGUUGGCUGUGCGCUGAAUGAUUGGAAACUUGACAGUCUUUGUGUGUGGGCAGACAAUUGGCUGUGUGACAGACACUAAAAGAGUGACAACCUUUGUGGAGGGAUUUCCCCGAGGCACCCUGAGAAGAUAAGGAGGCAACCAUGAAUCGCUACCAGAUCUCCAAGCAGCUGGGUGAUGGCACCUACGGUAGUGUCCUCCUUGCCACCACAGUGGAGAACAACGAGAAAGUUGCCAUCAAGAAAAUGAAAAAGAAGUAUUACUCCUGGGACGAGUGUCUCAACCUCAGGGAGGUCAAGUCUCUGCGGAAGCUGAACCACCCGAACAUUGUGAAGCUGAAGGAGGUGGUGAGGGAGAAUGACAUGUUGUACUUUGUGUUUGAGUUUAUGAAGGAGAACCUCUACCAGAUGAUGAAGGACAGGGACAAGCUUCUACCAGAGUCUGUGGUGAGGAACAUCACGUACCAGGUGCUGCAGGGACUCUCCUUCAUGCACAAACACGGUUUUUUCCAUCGUGACCUGAAGCCAGAGAACCUUCUGUGUAAUGGUACAGAGCAGGUGAAGAUUGCUGAUUUUGGUCUCGCAAGAGAAAUUCGUUCUCGGCCUCCAUACACCGACUACGUAUCCACAAGAUGGUACCGAGCCCCCGAGGUGCUGCUCCGCUCCACCAACUACAGCUCCCCCAUAGACAUCUGGGCAGUGGGCUGCAUCAUGUCAGAGCUGUACACCCUGCGGCCGCUCUUCCCCGGCAGCUCAGAGAUUGACGAGAUCUUCAAAGUCUGUUCCGUCAUCGGCACCCCCAAGAAGGAGGACUGGUCAGAGGGCUACCAGCUGGCUGCUGCCAUGAACUUCCGCUUCCCGCAGUGUGUCCAGGUUCCCUUCAAGCAGGUCAUCCCCAAUGCCAGCAACGACGGGCUUCAGGUCCUACGGGACAUGCUGCUCUGGAACCCACAGAAGAGACCCUCAGCUCCACAGUGCCUCCGCUACAACUUUUUCCAAGUGGGCAUCGACCUCCCGCGGCCUCCGCCCCCUGUGUCCAAGACACCUGUCAACCUCCCCUCCCAGCCUUCCCCAUCCCAGAAGCCGAGCACCAAACCACCUAACACGUACCCGGAGCCCAAACCUGCAGAUUAUGGCGGGGGCUUCGGUGGACAGAGGGCAGCACAGGCAGAAGAUACACUAGGUGUACUGCCGUCCAUACCCAACUCCAUGGCUAAACAGAACGACUCGGAUAUGUUUGCCAUGACUGUCAGUAAAAAAACCAGUGGAGGCCGGAAGCGUUGGGGUGCAGGUCUCUCAGACACUUGGGACGACUGGACUGAAUUUGACUUUUUACCCAACAAAACCACAAAGAAGACAGCACAGGCCCCCAAGAACAAUGCAUUUGGCAAAGAGAAUGAUGACGAUUUCUUAGGGAGUUUGAUGCCUAAAAAGACUCAACCUCCAAAGGUGUCCAACCGUGUCAACUCUGGUCGUUCAUCAGCGUCCUCGGCCAAACAGCACUACUUGAGCAAGUCCCGCUACCUCCCAGGUAUCAACCCGAAGAACAGUGCCCGGCGGGAUAGCGUGGGUCAGAGACGGGACAGUCUGGGCCUGGGCCUUGGGGACUGGGGAAACCCGUUUGACAAAUCUCCACCGCUGGGUGGCAUCAACUCCAACACCAGAACAGGGAAGGCUCAGAAUGACCAUGACUUUGUCUCGGGUUAUCGUGGAGGCAGAGGAGGGAACUUCGGCAGUCCAUCCACCAAUAUGGGCAGUCCAGCAGGUGCCCUAGGUGGACCAGGAUCGUAUGGGGCUGGUGCAGCUGGCGGGCGCAACAACUUUAACAGUCCUGGCGGCUACCAGCCGUCUAUGGGCGGAGGCUACAAACCGCCAGGUGGAGGCUACCAGUCCUCGUUUGGGCAGCCGGCGGUCGGCGGCGCUGGGGGCUACCAGCCCUCCAUGGGAGGAGGAUGGAAGAAAGCUGCCCCAUUGCCCUCUGUUGGAGGUGGAGGAAAGAACACCGGGGGGGCCUCAGGAGGGAACUUUGGUCCUCGUCGCACAGACUGGGCCUCCAAGUAUCUCAAGUCAUGAUGAACGUUUUGCACUGCGCAACGGCCAGGACCCCAGGACUCUGCGGGGUCUUGUGGGAAAGCAUGUGGGAGUGGUGACGGACUGUGUGGUAGGAGGAACUCUCGCCUGCUCACCGAUGGCUGUGUGCUGGUCGCCUGUUUCCCAGACUGUGACUGUGAAAGACGUUGGGAAUGUGAGGGGACGAAUAUAACUGAUGUUGUUAUGGAGAAAUGCGAGACGUGGACGACUUCUUCGUCUUCAUUGUUGUUAUAUAAAUAUGCUAAUGAGGGCAGCACCAUGGUGGAUGGUCAGGAUUUUAAAACCUUAGAUAAAGCAAGAAAAAGAAACCAUUAAUGUUUUGCUUUUGAACGGCCAAAAAGCUUUUGGUUCAGUUCUUGUAGAAAGAAAAGGGAGGGGGAGGAGGGAUUGGAUAUGAACGGAAAACAUGGGGGACUGGUAUUUAGACUUGAAUACUAAGAGACCAACUCUCUGAUGAAGAAGUACAGGUCAAGACAUCAGCUAGAGAGCUAAGUCAAGUGGUCUGUUCUCACAAUGUGCAGUACAGUCACACAUCUCUUCUUCCCAAGACCUCCCAUGUUAAUGUCGUCGUCGUGCGGGUAAAAGUGGUUGCUUUGUCUGUGUGACCAAAGUGUUCAGUAGAGAACUGUUCCUGUUGUAAUGGUCUUGUCCUAUGUGUGUGCAUGCGCAUGUGUGUGUGUGUGUGUGUGCCAUGAUAAGUCCUUUGUCUUACUGUGUAGGCUGCUAUGCACAGAGAGAGAUUUUUGAUUAUAGAGUGAUCUUUGUACUUUGCCAAUGGCCUUGAUUUCUUCAUAGAGGCAGUUUUUUGUCAAGGUAGGUUUGGUACAGUAUUUUGAGACCUCCUGGGUAGCUUCUGAUAGUCAAAUGUUGAUUUUUGUCAUGAGAAAACUUAAAAUUGGUUUCAGCCUCAGAGAUAUGUGUGUGUAUGCCUGAAAAAAGGUCCCAGUUGUCGGCAAAGCUAUUUUUGAGCAACGGAGCGAAAAGGCCAAAAAAGUCGUACCUGGUUAAAAAUUCAGUUGCAUAAGAAAACUCAUGUUUAACCAUUUAUUUAUACAAUAUUGAAGGGAUUUUAUAAUAUUUUAAGUCUAAAUAUUUUUAUUAGUUAUUUUUACAACAUGUACUUCAUCAAAGGUUAAAAAAAUGUGCUAGAAAUUGGGGUUUUCUUCAAACUAUGUUAAUGUGGCAUAUCUUUAAAACUGCUGAAAAUAUUGAAAAUAAUUACCAAAUCAGCGUGCUCAGCAUUGAAUUUGCUACAAAAUUGUGCUCGUAUUUCAUUAUCUAAAAUUUCCGACAACUUGGACUUUCUCCAGGCGCACACAAACACAUCCUCUGUCUUGUUGGUUGACUGUGCAGUUGUUUGCUAAGGGCCAAGUGUGUAAGUUUGCCUUUUCUUUUAGGACGUAAAAUGUCUUACUUUGGAGCAGUGUUGGAGUUGCAUGUGAGUUAACAUUGUUUGGGUGGGGGGGGGUAGGAUGGGUGGCGGUUUUUGUCUCUGGGGUUAUUGGCGGCUUUACAUCGGAAGUCGGUCCAAACCUGUUGAGCAGUUGUCACUUGACAAUGGACGAGUUUUCCACUGUUGUCAGAGUUGUUAUCUUUGCUGCUGCUUCGGAGAAGAUGUUUGUUUCAUGUUGUCCACCUCUUAUGUGCACAUGUACAUGCACCGAUAUCUAUUCAAAUUUUUAUAUUUCUUCUUCACAAUAUGCCUUGAUUGAUAAUGCGAUUUUUAUACUGUGUGAAUGUGUGGUUAUCUUGUUAUGUGAACAGGCAGAAUAGGAGAGAGAGAAAGAGAGAGAGAGAGAGAGAGCGAGCGAGCGAGCAGGGGAAGGAGGAGAGGGGAGGGGAUAG